GACACCACUGAAAACCUCGCUUUUCCUCCAGCUCUUCUCAGAAAGGUGAGCUCAGAUCACCUUUUGCGCUGUGUUGGGGAGGUUUUCCUGCAGGGGGAGGCGGAAGACUCUUGCACCUGCGAGAUGAAACUAACUAAAGCUUUCGCGGAGUUUCAGCUGGGCUGGUCUCACAUGCAUUACGUCUUUGCUGUGCUCUGUGUUUUUGUCGUGGUGUAUAAAUUAACAAUUCUACUUGCGAAAAGAAGGGAAGCACUGCGAAACUUCGAAGCUUUUUGGGGGCCGCCGCCACACUGGCUGUUUGGACAUGUUCUCGAGUUUAAACAAGAUGGGACCGAUAUGGACAAGGUAGUGAAAUGGGGACAGGAGUACUCAUAUGUUUUCCCAAUCUGGUUUGGCCCCUUUCUCAGUAUAAUCAAUAUUCAGCAUCCAGAUUAUGCAAAAACUAUCCUGACAUCAUCAGAGCCAAAAGAUGAUUUUGCCUACCGUUUUGUGGAGGGUUGGAUUGGAAAUGGGUUGUUGGUGUCAGAAGGUCAGAAGUGGUUCCGUCAAAGAAGGCUCUUAACGCCAGGUUUCCAUUAUGAUGUUUUGAAACCAUACCUCAAAUUGAUGUCAGAGUCUGCUCAGACUAUGUUGGAUAAGUGGGAAAGUUAUGCAAGCACAAAUGAACCUUUUGAAUUGUUUAAACACAUGAGCCUCAUGACACUGGACAGCAUUAUGAAGUGUGCCUUCAGCUGCUACAGCAACUGUCAGACAGAGGGUGGAACAAAUGCAUACAUCAAAGCAGUGUAUGACCUCAGUUUUCUAAUUGACCUUCGGCUCAGAAUGUUUCCGUACCACAGUGACCUCAUUUUCCACCUUAGCCCACAUGGUUUCAGAUACAGAAAAGCACGUCAGGUGGCUCUCAGUCAUACAGAGGACGUUAUAAGAAAGAGGAGAGAAGCACUAAAGGAAGAGAAGGAGCUUGGACAAAUACAGGCAAAGAGAUAUUUGGACUUUCUGGACAUCCUUCUCUUUGCAAGAGAUGAGAACCAGCAGGGUCUGUCAGAUGAAGAUAUGGGGGCAGAAGUGGACACCUUCAUGUUUGAGGGCCAUGACACCACAGCCAGUGGCCUGUCUUUCAUCCUCUACUGUCUGGCCUGCAACCCAGAACAUCAGAAGAUUUGCAGGAAGGAGAUUAUGGAGGCCUUGCAUGACAAGGAAACCAUGGAGUGGGAGGAUCUCAGUAAAAUCCCAUACACUACCAUGUGCAUAAAAGAAGCUCUCCGCCUUUACCCCCCUGUACCAGGAAUUGCCAGAAAAACCACCAAAACUGUAACCUUUUGUGAUGGGAGAACAGUGCCUGCAGGUUCUGUUGUUGGAAUAAGUGUGUAUGGAAUUCACAGGAAUGCAUCUGUCUGGGAAAACCCUAAUGUCUUUGACCCUCUGCGUUUCCUACCAGAGAACAUUGCCAAGAGAUCCCCUCAUGCGUUUGUGCCCUUCUCAGCUGGGCCAAGAAACUGCAUUGGUCAGAACUUUGCUAUGAAUGAGAUGAAAGUGGUGACAGCUCUGACACUGAAGCGAUACCAGCUCAUAGCAGAGCCCACUAUGAAACCCAAGAUCAUCCCCCGACUGGUUCUCCGCUCACUCAAUGGCAUCCACAUCAAGAUCAAACCUUUAGAGACUUAGUUAAAGUGCACUAACUGCAAGAACUGCUCAAAAUUACUUUAUUUAGAAAGUAAAAAAAGUAUGUUGAUUCUACCUUCUACCAUAUAACUGAGCUUUUACAUAUAAUUUAAUCAACUCUGU